AUGGCCGAAUCCACUGGGAACGUCGGCCAAGCUGUGGAUGAUCAUCUGGAGGUCGACUCUCAGGCUACUGAGAACGACUCCAUCUACGGAUCCGAACUUUCCGGCUACACGGCUUCGCUUACUUCUUCUGUCGUCAACUAUCGACAAGAGAAUGGCCGCCGGUAUCAUGGCUACCGUGACGGGAAUUAUCUCCUCCCAAACGAUGAAGAAGAGGCCGACCGGCUGGAUAUGAUUCACCACAUGAUGUUGGCGAUUAUGAAGGACAAACUGUUUCUCGCACCACUAAAUCCUGGGCUGCAGAAGGCUAUGGACCUUGGAACCGGCACAGGCAUAUGGGCGAUUGACUUUGCCGACCAGUUCCCGUCCGCAGAGGUUAUUGGAAAUGACCUGAGUCCUACCCAACCCUCCCUUGUCCCUCCUAAUCUUCGAUUUAUUGUUGAAGAUUUCGAAGACGAAUGGGUUUAUCCUUCCAACCAUUUCGAUUUUAUUCACGGCCGCUUUUUAGCUGGAUCAGUUAAAGACUACGCUGGGCUAAUCAAACAAUGUUACAAGCACACUGCCCCCGGGCAAUGGGUCGAAUUUCAAGAUUGGGAUCCCAACCCUUACUCGGAAGAUGGAUCUCUGAAAGGAGCCGCGCUCGAGAAGUACUAUGAUCUCGUCGUCGAACCGUUCCUGAAGACCGGGUAUGUGGCAAAUGCUGGGCCGCACCUUGAACGGUGGCUUCGGGAAGCUGGCUUCAAGGAUAUUUGUGUUCAAAAACACAUCGUCCCGAUUGGGAGUUGGCCAAAGGAUAAGUACUACAAAAAAAUUGGCACGUGGACGAUCCUCCAGUAUGAGAGUGGCGGGUUUGAAGCUGGCGCUAUGGCAGUCUUGACGAGACAUGCCGGCUGGACGGAGCAAGAAGUAAAGAUUCUCGCUUCCCAAGCAAGAAGUGAUAUGCGAAAUCGUCGGAUUCAUGGAAUGUUCGAUUGUUACGUUGUCUACGGCCGUAAGCCAGAAUGA